CUCUUGCAACAGGCUUGCCCCGAGCAGUGGCUGCAGUGUGCAGAGGUCCUCCAGUCGUCUAUCUCUCGCCACGAACUAUCAAAUCUCCACCCUCGGAGCAAUGGUUUUGUGCACACCGUCCUUCAUGCCUACAACACACACCAACAUUUGACUAUCAGACCUGAUGACGUCUGGAUAGCUAUUCUCAGCCAGCUUAGCUUUUAUGUCAACGCGCACAGAGAAGAACUGCGCGGCUCUUUUGGCGAUUUACAGGCCAAAAAACCUGUCCACAUUACCGCGGAGGAGUCCCGCUACACCGUUGACUUUGCAAGUGUGGCGCGGCAGCUUACAACACAACUAGAAGAGCAUAUUGCAGACAAGAGCAUGACGCGAUGGAUCCUCCCCGACUUCACAACGACCACCCUCGUCGACACCACUGUCUGCUCCACCCUCAUGCUCUCCUCACUCUCUUCGUACUUCGAGUUCCGCCCCGUCUGCGCAUGCGGCCUUCCCAGCGUCACGCUUGCCGGCGAGCAGCCCGACUGGCAGAAGCUCCUCGACCGCACCACGUGGCUCGCAGGCCUCGGGCCCGAACCUGCGCGCUGGGCCGCGAUGCUCCGCCCCGUUCUGCAGCGCUUUGCUAACGCGUUCGCCGGCACGCCAGACGUGUCCUUCUGGACGCACGUCGUGCACUUUGACCCCACGUUAUAUGGCGCGGACGACCUCAGCGGGUGGCUGUCUGUGUUUUGCGUAUGGUCGAAUACGGGAAAGUGGCAG